ACCAGAAGAAGAAGAAGAAGAAGAAGCUCUCUCCGGCCGCCAUGGCUCUGCUCUGCUACCACAGAGGCUGCGGCCUGAAGUUUGACGCCCAGGAGAACCAGGAGAACCAGGAGAACCAGGAGGACUGCAUCUUCCAUCCAGGUGUGCCCAUCUUCCACGAUGCCCUGAAGGGUUGGUCCUGCUGUAGGAAAAGGACGACGGACUUCUCAGAGUUUCUCUCUAUUAAGGGCUGCACCCGCGGGUGCCACAGCAACGAGAAGCCCCAGGAGCCUCUGCGUCCCGAGGUGUCAUCGGACAAAGUAGAGAUGAGACGCACCAACGGGGAAGAGAUGAUCUACCGGGGGCCCAAAUCUGCUGAGACGCUGCAGAAAGAGAGACCCAGUUCAGAGGAACCAAGGACCAAGCUGCCCUACAAAGUGUCGGCAUCGCUGGCUCAGGUUCUGGAGAAACUGGACAUCAGCAACAAGGCUGAGGAAGAGAAGAAAGAAGGUCAGGAGGUCAUGACCGGGACCCGAUGCAAGAACGCAGGAUGCAAAGCAGUCUUUCGAGGCCCGGAGACGGACGCGGAGGUCUGCACCCACCACCCCGGGGGGCCCGUCUUCCACGAAGGGUAUAAGUACUGGAACUGCUGCUGCAUCAGGACCAUAGACUUCAACGCUUUCCUGGACCAGAAAGGCUGCAGCACGGGGAAGCACCGCUGGGUGCCCAAGCAGGACAAGAAGAAGGUGGCGUGUCGGUACGACUGGCACCAGACGGGAAAUGAUGUCGUCGUCACGAUUUAUGCCAAGAACGCAAAUCCACAACUCUCCAGCAUCGAGGCCAACCGGACGGUGCUCUCGUGUCAAAUACAGUUCGAGAACGAGAAGAUUUUCAAGCGAGAUUUCCACUUCUGGGGCGUGGUCGACGUGAAGCAGAGCUCGGUCCACAUGGUCCCGUCCAAAGUGGAGGUCACCCUCCACAAGGCCGACCAGGUGGCCUGGGGCAAGCUGGAGGACCCCAACCGCAAACCGGAGCCCGAGCCCGAGGACGAGUCCUACGGCCAGACCGCCGAGCCCGACGACCACGACAUCGCCGACGACGACAUCAGCGACUCGGACGAGGAGUGGGCCUACGACACGCGGCAGAACACCCCCCAGGGGGUGGAGAAGUGGGAGGGGCCCCGGGAGAAAAAGGGCGACGCCGAGCUCCUGAAGACCAAGGAGGUGGAGGAGGAGAUGAAGGCGGCGCUGGAGGAGAAGAGGAGGGCGGAGGAGGAGAGGGCGAAGCUGGAGGAGCAGAGACGGGAGGAGGCGGGAGGAGGAUACGAGGACAUGCCGGAGCUCGAGUAACUCCUCUGAGGAGGCGAGGAAAC